AGCAGCAAGUUUUCCGCUCAUUUAAUGCCAAAACAGAUGAUCAACAGAAUGCUGUUUAAAGUACAGUAUCAAGCUCGUAAGAGAUACAUGAAGCUUCCAGUAUUGGAAUAUGAUGCCCUUAUACGGGAAGUCAAGGAGAAAUUUGGUAUAUCUCCAGAUCAUACCAUUUAUUUGGCAGACGAGACCGGAACUGAAGUGGAUGAAGAUGUUUUUGCUGAUAUUAUGGAACAAAAGUCUGACACACUUUGGACAAUUGUUGAUUCUAUGGCUACAGAAGAUUCUACUGCCCCACCACCCUCUCAAUUUUCAAGUGAAAUGAAAACGGUGUCACCAACAGACAGCUGUGUUUCUGUUCUCUCAACAAAAAGACCUCGAACUGACGACCAAUUUACUGAGGCCAAGGAGCUUGUAAAAGAUGUAUUGGGGAAAAAAAGUGCAGGGGAGAAGAUUUUUCAGGAGUACAGAGCAACUGGGAAAAUCACAGAUUCUACAAGGCGAAUUCUUGUGAAUGCUGUAGUUGGAGACAUGAUUGAAAAACAUGGGAACAUUCCACCAAAAGAAAUACGAAUUAAAUAUGCUGUUGGAAUAGUGACUCUGUUCCCCUCCCUCAAAGAUCCCUACUCCAAAAGAGGCUAUGAACAUUUUUAUGAUCCAGAAGGUAACUCUGGAUACAUAGCCUGGAGACUGAAAACGGUUCAGCGCAACAGUCAAGUCAGUAGGACCAGCAUUCCACAAGGCAUCUCUGAGAGGAGGGGCCCUAUCACUAAAAGAGCGUUUUUGACAACGGAGAUACAGCUAGAGGGAGAUAGCUGCCAGGAAGCCAUUUCAUUUCUAAAACACUGUUCUGAUCUGGAGCAAGUGGCUGCAAAGAUGAAAUCUACUUUCCAGUAUCGCCAGGAACUGAUCCGCAAUCCUGAAAAGUCGUCAUCUGUUUUCAAUAUAUUCCCUAGGUUUCUUGACACAAAAGGCCUGGUGCUUCAAGACUUUGAGUUGCUGUUUGGAGUAGAGACUUCAGCAAAGCUUCUGGAGAAGUGGGGAUCUUCUCUUAAACACAAAGUAAUUGGAGAAGCCAAAAACCUGACCCAGUCAUUUCAUCUGAGUCGUCUGAUCGAGUCUGCAGAGCAAUGUGAAAGCAGUCAAGAAGUUACAGAGUGGGACAGUGACAUGUCUUCACUGUUGUUGCUUCUCUAUCUCCUUCCACCACCUUCAAGUGGAAAGAAGAAUAUUGUAAAGAUCAGUGUCCAAGAAGCAUUAAACCACAUAGUAAGGUUCCACAAGUCCUGUUGCAGUUUCGAUGACGUGCUGAGGGCAGGACAGACAACACAGCCGUACAUCUUGGCAGUCGGAACUUUGAAGAAUUGCAUCCAUGACUAUUACAUCAUCGUGGAUGGACAACUCAUUCCCUGCAAGGCGAUGUCCUCUCUGGCUGCUUUUGAUGAGCUUUUCAAAGCACAUUAUGUGUUCGGCAUUUCAUAUGAUGCUGCUUUACACAGUAUGUACACGUUUCUUCAAACAACGGUUUACAACAAUGACGUUGGUGUCACUCAUGAAAGCCCUCGAGUAAGGGAUCUUCGAGCCAAGAUUCUAAAUUAG